UUUUUAAUAGAAAAAUGUUUCAACAAAUUAAUCCCCCACAAAUGGAUUAAGAGCUCGCCUAAUUCAUCAACAAUCCUUCUGAAGCCAAUACAGAGAAGAUUUAUGAAUAUUUAUCUAAGCUAUCUGCGAUGAAAUAUCCAAGUCAAAUAACCUAUAGCUCAUCUAAAUAUUGUAAAUUAUCAGGAGUAGAAAUUGAAAAAGAUCCAAUCAUUAUUGCAGGUCAUUGCUUCUCGCUUUGGAAUUUACAAUAAUAUUAUUUAAGAAAUGGAAUACUAGAUGUUUCAAUAGGGGAUCUAAAUUUUACAUAUCAUGAUGGAAUCACAGAAACUUUUGUUACCAUUGAAUUGACAUUAGAGAUACUCUAAUUGAUAUAUGGGGCUAAUUUGGAUAAAAUGCUAGAAGAGUAUGAAUUUACUUUGAUAAUAGGGCUUACAAUCAUUUCAAUAAAAGAUUAGAGCAGCCAGUCCUAUUUAUUUGUGAAUAAACAGGAAGAUCAGGUGUGAUCUCAGAAUAAAUGAUUGUAAAUGGGAAGCAAGUAUGUGCAGAAUGGGUUCAUCAGAAUAAGGACCAAUUAAGUGAAGAAUAAAGGAUUUAAUUGGAAUCUUCAUAGAGAAUGUAAUAUAACAUAGGAAAUAGUUAAAAUAUCCAUUGAAAUUUAUUAAUAUAUAUAAAUAUAUCUGCAAUAUUUUAUUUAAUGU